AUGGUGGAAUUCUCUUUGGAUGAUGAUGACCGAGGGUCGAGUUCAGACAAUGACCAAGAUGAGUUAAUGGAGGACGCGGAGGAUAUUGAGCAUGAGGUGGAUGUGGAUGUAGAAGCCGAUGGCGAUGGCGAUGGCGAUGGCGAUGGAGACGAAGACGAUAACGAUAACGAUGAUGAUAACGGGGACGAGGAUGAGGAAGACGAUACAGCGGAACAACCAUUGUCCCAAGUUAGACGACCUAGCCUGCCGACUACGAAUGCAAGUUCCGACGAUACUCCAACAAUGAGCCAAGUGAAUGGUGUAGGCCCUACAUCACAUCCACGACCGACUGUAACGCGCACCUCGGCCUCCCCACGCCAGGCUUCCGUUCCAGCCCAAACUCCAAAGAUGCGAUACGAAGCUCGAGCAGAAGCGCUUACAGCUUCGACAUAUGAUAUUGUUCCCACGAUGGCAGCGCCCCAAAGUACAUCGAUAAAUGCGACCACAGCGACCCCAGAUAUGCGAUAUUGGUUCACUGGAGGAUCUGAUUGCUACAUACGGAAAUACGAUGGUGUGGCAACCGUUAAUGGGAAAACGCUACUGACCGUGGCCCAAAGGCACCCAUUCGUUGACAGUGUGGUAAAGGCGGGGGUAUUGAUGAGUUAUUGGGAUAAUGAAGAGCCAGUAGCUAAGAACCCGGGAGAGGAUCCACCUCUUUCUCCGGUGUACUCCUUAGCAGUUCAGUCACAGGCUCUCUGGAUGCUUUCUGGGUUGGAAUCUGGAUGUAUAAAUCUGUACUCCGUUCGGCACGAUGAAGGGAAGAGGAUUUCAUACAUGCAAAAGCACAAAUCUGCAGUUUCGGUCCUGACUCUCGCCCAAGACGAGAAAUCUGUCUUAUCGGGAAGCUGGGAUAAGAAUGUUUUCGAUUGGGAUUUGAAUACUGGGCAAGUCAAGAGGUCCUUUGAGGGAAGCGGUGGCCAAAUUUCAGCGAUUGAGAUACGGCCUGCGUCAAGCCUUCCGGUGCCUGAGGAGUCUGGCGAGCCGGUGCAAACAAAUGGGACGUUCUCGAGUAAUAACGAUGAAAAGCCACACGCAAAUGGAUUUUCGAAUGGUGCUAAUGGUAGCGCCGGAGAUGGUAACAAUGAAGAUGCUCCCGGUUCACCAACGGAUUCCCUAUUUGGUGGUGGCAGCGAUGCUAACUCAUUAUUUGGAGAGACUGAUGGUGCUGGUGCAACGUCGGGAGUGAAUUUUGGAGACGAUGACGAUGAUUUCUCUCGAGCAAUUGAAAUGAACCUCGAUAACCGGGAACCGUUGGACGCGGAUGGCGAUCUCCCAAUAGGGAACGCCCAAACAGAAAAUGAUGCAACCGCUCCAGCGGUACAGCAACCUGUGGAACUCCAAAACGGUGCUCAAAACUCUGCCCAAGCAAGUGCGGUUUCGCAUGAAAUCAAGGCUGAGUCGUCGGUCUCUCAGGCUGCGCCAGAAACACAAGACGCUGUGGCAACAUCGGACUCAACUUUCUUGGCCGCUUCGACAGAUGGCACCCUCCGUAUCUGGGACCGGAGACAGCCAAAUCCAGUUGCGAAGAUACCUACUCGGACUGGCGUCCCUCCUUGGUGUAUGGCGGCUUGUUGGUCCCCUGAUGGGAACUAUAUUUACGCUGGUAGAAGAAACGGGACGGUAGAAGAAUUUAGCUUGCAUAAAGGGCUGAAAACUGCGCAGAGGACCUUUAAAUUUCCCCCGGGGAGCGGGGCGGUGAGUGCCCUCAGGGCCAUGCCAAAUGGGAGGCACUUAAUCUGGCAAGUACACGCAUUCCAUGUUUCUGCUUCCCAUGAUAUUCUGCGUCUCUAUGACCUUAAGGAACCUCAAGCUUUCAAACAUUCGACGGUCCCAUUUCUUAUCGUGCCAGGUCCCCCCAGGGCGGGCGUUAUAUCCUCUUUGUACAUCGAUCCCACUUGUAAAUAUAUGCUCUCCGCAGCCGGUACUCGCGGCUGGGAGGGUAGCAGCACCGAGGUCCUCAUAGGCUAUGAGAUUGGAAUCCCUUCAUAA